GGUGAAACAACCGAGAUGCUUGGCAGGAAUCGCGGGGCUUAGUCAUGCGGCAGCCCCUUUUACGGAGUCCGAGUUGAAUUGCCCAGCGCGCAGACCCUCGUCGCUACUCCUCGUGUGGAUCGUCGCCCUUGAAACUCUGGGCCCAAUUAAUUAAACUAUUCAUUUCACUUUCGCUCCUUCUGCCACAUUCACUCUUUUCUUUUCUAUCGUUACAUUUUGGUUCAGCCUGUGUUUUGCUUUUUCUUUCUUUCGGUUCUUUCUUCAUCUCUUUCCUUUUUCUCUUCGUCUUCUGCUCACCUCCCCUUCGCCGACAAGGACGGAGUAAUUGACCUUACAGCGGGAUUUCUCACGCUUUUCCCACAACCCCCCCCCCCCUCCCUCCCCUGCUCGUGUCCAACCGCAAUUGAAACCUGGUCCCAAUUCCGAUCGCAAACACGAUUGAGGACUUCUGCGCUCCAUCAACAGUAGCACUACCUCACUUUUACGCUUUUUAUUAUUAUCGGUGACCUCAGGAGUUAGCAACCCCUCGUCAAAAUGGGUGGUCAAGUUUCCAAGUUAAUGGGGAAGAUCUUCGGGACGAAGGAAAUGCGGAUUCUGAUGUUGGGUUUGGAUGCUGCUGGAAAGACCACAAUUUUGUACAAACUGAAACUCACGAACCAGGAGGUCACUACCAUCCCCACUGUCGGGUUUAACGUCGAAAGUGUAACCUACAAGAAUGUCAAGUUCAAUGUGUGGGAUGUCGGUGGCCAGGACAAGAUCCGGCCACUAUGGAGACACUACUAUUCCGGAACGCAAGGCUUGAUCUUCGUCGUUGACUCCAGCGACACCGCCCGGAUGGAGGAGGCUCGUUCCGAGCUUCACAAGAUCAUCAACGAUCGCGAAAUGAAGGACGCUCUUCUCCUGGUUUUCGCGAACAAACAAGAUAUUCAAGGCCAUAUGAGCCCCGAAGACGUCACCAAUGCGCUCCAACUCAAUAAGCUGAAGGACAAGCUAUGGUAUGUCGCGCCUAGCGUUGCUACCGAGGGUACUGGUAUCUUCGAAGGACUUGCUUGGCUUUCCAACAACGUGAAAACACCAGCCCAAAAAUAAUUCCAUCCGCGCCGCCCAUCGUUGGCAGUGUAAAUCUAGGGACCCCAAUUGCAUGGCUCUCGUGUAUAACAUUUCCUUAUCUCGUUCGGCCUCUUUCGUUCAUGUCCGCUUUGAUGACAGAAGACGCAGCAUUUGCAGUAUGUUUACAUUUCACUUCGUGCGCAUGCUUUGCCCAUCUCUUGAACUUCUUUCCAUUUCCUUACCUUUUCAUGAUAUCCCUCACUGUUUCUAUGCGGGCCAUUUAAAUACUCUUUUUUUUCUUAAUUAAUACUUCUCCCCCUUACUGUCGACUGCCUCUUUCCUUUCGACGCAUUGCCUUUGCAUUGUAUAGAAACAUUUUGAAUACAGAAAGAAAUUCAGACCAACAUACACAAUGAAUAUGUUAUAUCCACGCCAGCAACCCACUGUUAAAAAUACAUACAAUCACAGGUACACUGACAACGAAGCCUUAACCCCGGUACCGAAGCCCGACGAAGGACCCCGAUGCUACCUAGGUCUCAAAAAGUCGCAUCUACUCUUAAGCCUCACAACGGCUGCCCAUAUAUCGAAAGCCAAGCCAUAAUUUAGCCUAUAUGCAAGGAUGGG